CCCUAUUUUUUGAAAAUUUGCGUUUUUGCGUGUCCGUGUCGUGUCCGUGUCGUGUCGCGUGUCCGUGUCCGUGCUUCUUAGAUGCUUACAUAUUGUGAACGGUGCACUUUAGACACCCCUAAGGAGAUGCCAUUUUCACUCAGUUCUAUUUUAGAUAUGUGCAGUGUUAUGUUUUUGUGGUAUUAUCUGGUACUCAUGUCCAGGUGCACUUGGUGCUUUAUACUUGAUGGAUAAGCAAGGGAGGAAAACGCUUCUAAAUGGUAGUUACUUGGGAAUGGCAAUAUUGAUGUUUCUAGUAGACUAUGCUAUCAGCUCUCCAAUAGAUGAAGAGCUUGGUCACAACUUAUCAAUAUUGGAAACUGUCCUGUACAUAUUUACCUUUGCCAUUGGAUCUGGCCCAGUAACUGGUAUUAUUAUACCGGAGCUUAGUAGCAGCAGGAUGCGUGGGAAGAUCAGGGGUUUCACUUUCUCAGUUCAUUGGGUGCAUCACCCAUAGUGGCAUCUUCCUCAUACUCUGGAUCUUGGUUUUUAAAGUGUUUGUAUUCUUCGAGAAGAUGCUUCAUACUGAAUUUGAAGGCAAGCAGCAAAAGUAUUUCCCAACAACUCACUGGUGAUAGAAGCAUUUGUGUACCAAUUGAGUAGAAAGGGAAGUUGACCCAAGAAAGUAUGAAGUUCAGUCUGGGCCAUAGGAUUGAGGAUGCGGCUUUGAGAAACAAUAUUACAAGACCAUAAUAAGUUCUUGUGAGGGAUGUCAUCUCGAAGGACUUCGAAGGAUAAAUGGGAGAAAGCGGCAAGCAGAGUCUAAGCUCUGUACUGUUUGUAAGGAGCAGGAGGAACCGGAGCAUGAUAGAGAGCGAAAUACUGGCUCUCAAAAAGGGUGAGUUUCAGUUCCGCAAUCCAGUUAGGAUUGGAGGGCAAAGGAGGAGCAGUUGGGUUCCCUUCAAAUGAAAGUAGGAAUUCGGGCCUGUUCACGCAUUCUAGCUAAUCAAAAGAGCAAAGUUUUACUUUUUUGGCUAAGAGUGCAGGACUGAUUCCCAAGGCUUCAGUAGGGUACAGAGUCCUUCACACCAUUCUAGAUGGCAAGGUAGAAGUAUACCAUGCUAAAAGCAAGUUGUCUUCAAGGCUGCGAAGACGGUCGAAGGGAAUGUAUGGAUAUACUACAGAACUGCGCAUGGAGGGGUGAAUUACAGUGGGAUCAUCAAACUUAGAAAAUCGAUGGUGUAUUCGUUCUCUUGUUUGAGGUUGAGUGGGUGUGGGCCAAGCGUCCCAUCCAUUACUUUUAGAAUGAUGAAACAGCUUUAUCACAUGCAGAAAGUUUUGGGGCGGAGGAGGAACUUCCAAUAUCCAUCUUUGCAAGUUCUUGGUCUAGAGGAUUAUAAUUAGUAGAUUCAUGGUCCAAAGGUUGACAAGUUGUAAAAGCUUCCAUAACUUGUAUGAAUGGGGGUGGAUAAAUGUGGCCAAUAAAUGCAUGAAGAUUCUUUCAAGGGCGGUCAUCAUUGUCAAAUGUCUCCUCGUAUGCUCGAUCAAUGUAAAAAAAGGUUGGUUGGUCAUUAGAGAUGUACCAGUCUCUUCGUAUUCGCAGAAUAUAGAGGGAAUAUUUAAAGCAUGGGGAAGGAUUUAAUGAAGGUCAGUGCUUCAUUUCUAAGAAGACAGUUAUACUUCAGCCAAGUCCAUACACGUCCUAAGAUGUGAGCAAAGUGCAUUGGUUCACUAAUAUCACCAAGUAUUGGGUAUAUUAGUGCGGGAGAUAAUGUUGGCUACAUAUUUUGUAUAAGCCAAUCCGUGGCACGAGGAGGGCAAUUUGGGGAGUUAAUACAAGACGCCAAUCGAAGUCGAACACGUGGCAGUUCGUAUUAGUAAUAAUAGAUCUGCGUAGCAUUGGAACAGUCGAGAGAUACAAGAUGAUAUGGCCAAACGGUUACUCAUAAAUUUAAAUUUAAAAUCAGGAGGAAGUCUAACUGCAAAAGUGGCGUAGUGAGACUGACUGUGAGAGAGCAUGUUUAGCAAUCAUGGGAGGAAAUUUUGACAGUUGGAAGUCCACUUCGACGGUUACUACUGGGAAGUAUAAAUAGCAAGGAAGGCCCUAGAAUGAAGCCCCCAAACUCAGAUCCAGAAACUAGUUUAUUUACUUUAUAUUUCUUUCUAGUUCUUUACAUUUUCAGCACUUCAAUUCCUAUACUGCAUUUCAUUUCCUAGGAGUAGUUAUUCAGUAGUUUGUUACUGUGAACCUCGUUGAGGUUGGGUCAUUGUAACUUCAUUGUAAGUUUUCAUUUUUUUAAUGAAAUUCGAUUUCUGAAUUAUAC